CUGCGGUUGGUGGUCGAUCGACUACUAGGACAUCAUCAUCUCCUAGUUUUAUUACAACUAGGUUUUCCGCAUUUUCCUCGCGAACAACGACGACCGCCAGGAGUUCUCCACCAUGGCAGGCUAGGAGGAGAUAUACUGGCGGAGGUGGAAGCGAUGUGCAGCUGAAUGGUCGUCAGAUGAGCAUGACGAAGCAAGAAGGAAUACCAAGUGCUGGUCAGAAUGCGAAUGGCACAAGUACAACGUUGAUAUCAACACCAGCUGGAGCAGGAGGACCUGGACAGCAUCAAAUUCGGAGCUCCUUUAACCUGGAUCCCGACGAUGAAGAAGAUAUCCGGAAUCGAACGAGUUCUUCCUUAGUGGACUACUGUACGACAUUUGAGGAUUUGCAUUGCGAUGAAGAUUUUGUCCGUUUGGCAUUCAAAGCAGCACGUGGGAGAAGUCGGAAUCAUGAUAUUUUUGGAACAAUACAAGAGCAAGUGGGGCGUGAAGAUGUUGCUGCUCCGGGAGAAGAUGAUGUUGAUCACCUUGUGGCACUGAGACCUAUGCAUCAGGAAGAUCAUCAACAAGAGAUGCGUGGGAGAGCGUCGUUUUUUAGUGAGCAUGGACGAGUUGGGGUGCGAGCGUUGGAUCAUAGUACCAGUACCUUAAAUCUUCU